AUGUCUCGUCACACUCCCGCGCCGCCAGUUUCUUCCGCUGCGUUUGGUGCGCUGCCGGCCGCCGGCCGCGCGCUUCCGCCGUUGUGCCGCGGAUUCGCUUCCGCCGCCGCCGCAGGUGGCGGAAGCGGAGCCCCGCGCGCGCCGGUGACGGAGAGCGAGGAGCUGGGCGCGAACCGCGUGGUGGAAGCGUCGUUGACGCUGGUGCGCGAGCGAGCGCGGCUCAAGGCAGAGAAGGUGCGCGCAGCAGGGGGAGCAGAGGUGACAGUAUGCCUGCAGGGCGCUGCCUUACCCUCCACUCCUAUCCCCUUACCCUCCACUCCUAUCCCCUUACCCUCCACUCCUAUCCCCUUACCCUCCACUCCUAUCCCCUUACCCUCCACUCCUAUCCCCUUACCCUCCACUCCUAUCCCCUUACCCUCCACUCCUAUCCCCUUACCCUCCACUCCUAUCCCCUUACCCUCCACUCCUAUCCCCUUACCCUCCACCGUCUGUGCCCUGCUGUCCUAUCUUACAUCACAGGCAGAGAAGGUGCGAGCGGCAGGGGGAGGAGAGGCAACGGCAUGCAGAGAAGGUGCGAGCAGCAGGGGGAGCAGAGGCGACAGCAUGCCUGCUGGGAGUGCCGCUGGGUCACAACUCCAGCUUCCUGCAGGGCCCGGCCUUUGCCCCUCUUAUUCCUCUUUCACCAUCUCCCCCCUUUGCCCGGUGCCCGUACUGUCCGCUUAUGCAUCACAGGCGGAGAAGGUGCGAGCAGCAGGGGGAGCAGAGGCCACGGCGUGUCUGCUCGGGGUGCCGCUGGGUCACAACUCUAGCUUCCUCCAGGGCCCUGCCUUCGCCCCUCUUAUCCCCCUGCCAACCUCUCCCUCCUUUGCCCCGUGUCCGUGCUCUCGUCUACCACAGGCGGAGAAGGUGCGAGCAGCAGGGGGAGCAGAGGCCACGGCGUGUCUCCUGGGGGUGCCGCUGGGCCACAACUCCAGCUUCCUCCAGGGCCCUGCCUUCGCCCCUCCGCGCAUCCGAGAGGCCAUUUGGUGUGGCUCCACCAACUCGGCUACAGAGGAAGGCAAGGAUCUGAACGACAUCCGAGUGCUCACAGACGUGGGGGAUGUGCCCGUGCAGGAGAUGCGGGACUGUGGGUUGGACGACAGCCGCCUCAUGCGCACCGUGUCAGACUCCGUGCGCCUCGUGCUGGCUGAGGAUCACGCGCUCUCCCAUCCCCACUCCCCAAUGAAAUUUCAUCCACCUUGCCCCCCUCCCAUUCUCCCCCAUUCGCCCCCCCCAUUCUCCCCCAUUUCCCCCCCAAUUUCUCCCAUUUCCCCCGCAGUCCCCUCUGGUCCUAGGAGGAGACCAUUCCAUUUCCUUCCCGGUGCCCCAUUGGUCUUGGGAGGCGAUCACUCCAUUUCCUUCCCGGUGGUGCGGGCGGUAUCAGAGCAUCUGGGCGGGCCAGUCGACAUUCUUCACUUCGACGCCCACCCAGACAUCUACCACGCGUUUGAAGGCAACCACUAUUCCCACGCCUCGCCCUUUGCUCGCAUCAUGGAGUCUGGAGCGUGCCGGCGACUCUUGCAGGUGGGCAUUCGGUCGAUCAACGAGGAGGGCCGGGCGCAGGGCAGGCGGUUUGGCGUGGAGCAGUACGAGAUGAGGCACUUCCACCGCAACCGAGAGAUGCUCGAAAACUUGGUGGGUGGGGUGAGGGGGGAAUGUGCUUGUAGUGAGUAUGCUUACAAUGACAGGCCGGGAGCAGGGCAGGCGGUUUGGCGUGGAGCAAUACGAGAUGCUGCACUUCCACCGCAAACGAGAGAUGCUGGAGAACCUGGUGGGUGGGGAGCGGUGGUGAUAUCAUGUCUAGCGUGUGUGGUGGUGCAGCAUGAGAUGAGGAGGCACGUCCAUCACAUCCGAGACACUCUUGAUAGAAUGAUGGGUGGGUGGAAGUGCCUGGAGCUGGGCCAGGGGGUGAAGGGAGUAUACGUAUCCAUCGACAUAGACUGCCUCGAUCCCGCCUUUGCUCCGGGCGUCUCCCACAUUGAGCCGGGCGGUCUCUCCUUUCGCGACGUCAUGAACAUUCUGCAGAACCUCAAAGGCAAUGUGGUGGCCGGUGAGGUGGUGGCCGGCUGUGUGGUGGCGGGGGACGUGGUGCAGCUGAACCCACAGCGCACUUGCAAUGUGGUGGCCGGGGACGUGGUGGAGCUGAACCCACAGCGCGACACGGUGGACGGCAUGACAGCCAUGGUUGCCGCCAAAUUUGUUCGCGAGCUCGCAGCUCGCAUCUCCAAGUAG